AUGGAUAAAACCCUUGUCAUUGGGACAAGAAUGAAAUAUGCAGUUUGUAUGUCAUGCAUUUUAACUGUUUUUGCCGUUAUUGGUCUUAUGAAUGCAGAAUCAGUUCUCAAUAGGGUGGCCCAGUUCUUGGUUAUGAUCCUUCAAAAUAAAUUUGCAUCAUACCCUGAUUACAACGCCAUCGAAUCAGCUCCUUACGAUGAUACAAUAACUUACACGAUGGAACAGCAACAACAAAUUUUUGAUUUCGACUGCUUUUGGCCAGCCACAUCCGCACGUUUUGCAAAAUUCCAAGUUGUUCUUUGUAUUUACUUUUGGUUAUUUUUUGCCAUUAUUGGUCCGGUAAUAUCUUGGGAGAUAUUGUAUCACGUUAUUUGGAAGAACAUUUUCAUUGAAGUAUUUCAAUGA